AUGGCCUCUUCCGACCUCAAAGUGCUCCUCACAGCUCUUCGAGAUCGUGAACUCCCUCCGAACAAGGAAGACAUCGCCCGGGCAUUUGAGGACAGAAACACUCAAGAGGAGGCUUCAUCUUGGGUACAGGAGUUUCUGCAACCUUCAACAUUGCUGACGAAGGAGGAACUGGACUUCUACGAGAAGCAUGGCAUUGAAACGACGGAUCUGGAUCCUCCUGCCGGAAGGCCUCUUUCGGACACAGAGCUCGAGGCCGCGAUUGACUCCCUUGAGGCAAGCACGGCAGCGAUAGAGAGACAAACCAAGAUUCUUGAGACGCAGAGACUUGCGCUCAAGAAACUGCAAUCUCAGAAUGCGAACCAGGAAACGAUCAGCUCGGCCCGAGAGAAACGCCAGACCAAGCUCGCACGCGACAGAGCGCAGAUCGACUUUGACAUCGACGAGCUUUCUGGUGCAGCGUCUGGACGGCUUCGCUCGACGCUGAAGCAGAGCGAGAAUGCCACAUCGUUGCUUCCGUCCCAAACGGAGCGGUUGCUGGAGAGGGACGACAGACUUCUCGCCGGACUGAGCAAAUUACUCCCUAGAAUCGCCGACUCGUCGUUGGAGAAGGACGAGUCCGCCGACGUCGAAAAACUCUGCUCCGCUCUGACUUCACUUUGCAUCCAAGAGAUCCAUGCACGAAUGGACCGCAUGUACCACGAAACUAUCGCUGAACAACCUCAUCGCCAGCAAGGCGCAAGCGAACAGGGUCUUUCGGACCAACAAAUCAAGCAGCGAGAGGCGGCACGCUCCGAGAUUCAAGAACUUGAGCGCGAGGUCGAAGGUCUCGUCGCGAUAGUAGUCGACCAGCAACACCGUCAGCCCUUGAAGAAAGGACUGCUCUCGGCCGGCGCCGACAUACAAGUCCAAAGAGCUCAGUGGUCCGAGUAUACGGUCACCGCGCUGCUUUAUCUGACUUCCCGACUAGACGCUAUAGUGGACCAUGUGCAGCAUCUUCACUCUCACAACAAUGCCCUUCACGCAGUCUCAGACGCGUUGGAAGAAACAGCAGCCAAACGCCCAGCCGGUACGAACAAAACGACAGAUUCUACCAACGGAGACAAGGCGAAUGGGAAGGGUCUCAUCCCACUUCGAUUAGUGCAGGCCAAUCGUUCCGAACCUCAAGAUCCAGCGAUCCAUCUGCUGCGCCAGCUAGACAUCCGUGUGCCGGAGAAUAGCACCAUGGCGAAGCUGAUGGAGACACUGGAGUCUGCGCUGCGCGAACGGAGGAAGCGUCUGGAUCAACUCGGCGAGAGCACCGAACAUGCUGUCACGGAGUCGAUCGCGCAAUCUCUUGCGAAGAGCGAUGUGGAUUUGCAGCACUUACUCGCAGCGGUGUAUGCGAACUCGAAGUAUGCCACGACACGGCUGGUGGACGAAGACGUGCAGACCGGCCUGGACGAGCUAGAGAGUCGCACGCAAGUGCUUGGAAGUCAAAUGCGGGAGCUGGACAUUGAUGCCAUUGCGAGAGCCGUGAACAAGAGGCAGGCAGAACUCGUGCAGACCCUGAAUGGUUGA